CCGCCCUGGGUUGGCUCUGAGUUCGGGCGGGUGCCCGCGGAGCUGGGGCCCGAUCCUGCGCCGCGGUGGCUGCCCCAGCGCUGGCUCCUGUGCUGGCAGGACGCCCUGGCACCCUGCUGGCACCCGGUCACGUGGGAGGCGGAGGGCGUUGCCCGGGGGAGCGUUAAGUGCUCCGCCGCUGUCGGUGUGCCCGCAGAGCCGGAGCUGGGUGGCACCAUGGUGGUCACGCUGGGCUACUGGGAGCUCCGUGGGCUGGCAAAUGCCAUCCGCCUGCUGCUGGAGUACACCGACACCCCCUACGAGGAGAAGCGAUACCAACCUGGUCGAGCCCCUGAGUACGACAGGAGGGAGUGGCUCGAGGAGAAGGAGAAGCUGGGACUCGACUUCCCCAACCUGCCCUACCUCAUCGAUGGCCCCAUCAAGCUGACCCAGAGCAAUGCCAUCGUGCGCUACAUCGCCCGCAAGCACAACAUGUGUGGUGAGACAGAGCAGGAGAAGGUGUACGUGGACCUGCUGGAGAACGAGCUCAUGGAUCUGAGGAUGAACUUUGUCCGACUCUGCUACAGUGCGGACUUCGAGAAGCUGAAGCCUGCGUACCUGGAGCAUCUGCCGCGGAAGCUGCAGGAGCUGUCGCGGUUCCUGGGCUCCCGCAAGUGGUUCGUAGGGGACAAGCUCACCUAUGUGGACUUUGUGGCAUACGAUGUCCUGGACCAGCACCGCAUGUUCGUCCCUGCCUGCCCUGAGCUGCAGGGCGGCAACCUGGGCCAGUUCCUGCAGCGCUUCGAGGCUCUGGAGAGGAUCUCUGCCUACAUGCGCUCAGGACGCUAUCUCAAGACUCCUAUUUUCUGGCCUACGGCGAAGUGGUGCAACACAAAGGAGUGAUUGGGGUGACCUGCUCUGCCCCCUGCAUCUCAUCAGCCUCCCCCACCCCACCUGCCCCUUCUCCUGCUCAAUAAAUCACAGAGGGAGCUUCGUAGGGAGCUGCCCCCUGGUCCCACCGCU